CCACCCUAUUAUAAUGAUGUACCUACAUUGUCAAGUUGACUGAUAUCAUUUAUCAUUAACAAAAUACGACCAGCAAAAUAUGCAUUCAAUGGCAGAGAUAAAGGAGGAUAAAGAGGAAGUAAGAAAAGAUGAAGAAUUGGACAGAAGUAUGUUGCACCGUUUGCAGAAGAACUCGAUCAGUGCCUUCAUGGAGUACGGUCAGAAGAUCGGAAGGAAACCAACCCUGGAAUGUCACCCAAUCAAGAGAGUCAGAUUGUUCUCUGGAAAUCCAACUUUUACAGCCUCUGCAUGUAUUGGAGAAGAUGUAAUUUGUACUGCCGAGGCACCGAACAAGAAAGAUGCUAGAACAAAAGCAGCCGAUAUGGCACUAAGACAAAUGUCUCGCAACCUGAAUGUAAAACAGACAUUUGAUGAAUCUUCAACACGAAUGGAACUGGCCAUUCCUGACAAAGAUCCCGUUAGUGCCUUUAUGGAGUACGCACAGUCAAACGGACAAACUGGGCGUAUCGUACAGGAUUCACAGACAGGACCAGCACAUUGUCCAAC